UCAGGGCACUAUGAUCGUCGAUUGGGAUGGUAAUAUGAAACCGAUCGUUCACUACCGAAGGAAGUCACAGGAGGAGCAGGACCUCGCGGCACUGAAUAGGUCAUCAGCACAGCCUCUGCCUUUGUCUAUCCGACGCGGUGUCCCGAACAUGGAUCCAAUUAUGAUGGCACAUGAGCAGAAGCCACUGCCAUCGCUACCCACCGACAGACAAACACGUCUUCACUCUCACAUUCGGACAUCAGAGGAAAGUGAUCGCACGUCGUCGGAAUCACUUUCUUCUCAUAAUUCUUCGCGCCACGACUCUGUCAUUUCCGAUGACCAGCCUUCACCCCGCCGCCGCCUCGACCUGCAUGUCCGGACAUCUAAGAAAGUCCCUACGACCCCAGCCCCCUCAUCGUCAAAAACACCAAUCUACGAACAACACAAGUGUAUCAAUAUGGUAAAUGGGGUUGCAACCUACUUUCCCUCUCGCGUCUCACAAAUCAGCGGUGCGUCUCGCCCAGGCUACGUCAAAGGCUAUGACAACGACACCAAGAUCCGAUACGAGACCGAUGGCCAGUCAUUCUACGCGCACCGCAGUGCUGAGCAAUUAUUUUCACCCAUAUCCGACCACUUUGACGUUGAUGAGUAUGAGUAUAGUCAAGAAGGCGAGCCGCACGUUGAAGAUCAAGGGAUCACCGCUCUACCGGCUAAACAAGUAAAGAGAAGGAGUAGUGUCACUAAGCUGGUGGAGAAGGUACUCUCCAAACUUGACGGGCUGGGGCUGACGAAGAAGCUCAAGGAGGAACGGAAGAGUAACAAGAAGAAGCAAAGUUGGCGGGAGCAUGGGUAUCAUGAUUGA